CUGGCAGAGGCCCCGCGUGGCGGCACGGCGACAGGGUCAGACCCGCCACAGGUCGGCAGGCGUGGCGGCUACGCUCACGGUUAUGCAGCAUGAUGAACAGCCAGAACCACAGUGCUCUACCGGCUGCGGCCACCGCGGCGCCUCCGCUGCCCACUCUUGAGGUGUACCCGACCGUGUCGCCGCAGACGGUCGUCAUCCCGAUCGUGUCCAGCAUCAUCGUGUUCCCGGCCGCGGCGCUCACCGUCAUCUGCUGUCUGCGGUACCGGGCCAGGCGCGCCCGCCGCAGAGCCAAGCGACCCAGGCUUGGUGACAAGGCUGACCGCGCUGUUCCAGUAAUCCGUAUAGAUGGCACGAGAAGAACCGGCCUGGAGCCUAAAGGCAAGUGGCGGAGACGAGGCGACGACUGCAAGCAGAUGAACGAGCUGCACUACACCAGCGCCACAGUUUUCCAGGCCGUGCUGGGCAUUGACCUAGACCUGGAUGAGAGGCCUGAGUGGGAGAACGACGUGAUGGGAUACACCAGUGUGCGGGGCGCGUCCCCCACCAGCAGCUCGGCCAGCGUCCAGGUGUUCCCACACUCGGGCGGUCGGCCUCACAUCAUCGAGAUGGAGAUGUCGCCGCGCGUGGCGCGCUCACCACGCGCCAGUCCCGUCGAGACACCGACGCCGCCCGGCGGCCGCGCCGGUGCUGACACCUGGCGGCGACCCGACCAACUGCCGCAGCAGAACGGCGCGCCGCGCGGCCGCUCUUCCGACGCGCAGACGCGGCUGGUGGAGUACAAGGCGCCGCCGUUGGACGCCGUCAACGAGGAGACGCUUGUGGACCCGACGACCGCGCUGAGGGAGCAGCUGCGGUACAUAGACGACUCCAGUGAGGCCAGCUAGCAGCGGUCGGCACGCGCGAGCCACGGGCGACUCGAGUCAGGCUGAGUCAGCGUCGUGUCGUCUUCGCAUGCCGGUGUCAACAGAGCAAAGAUCGAGUCCACCUGGAAUGGUGUUCCUGUCCACUCGCGUGCCUGGCUAGCGUGUAGACCAUUCGCGAAAACGAGCAUGCUAUGGGGAGCAGCGCAUAAUUGUGACGUAUGAACUGGAGGGGAGAUGUUCGAAAUGUCGGGCUUAGCCUGCGCGGAACGUAAAUAAGUUUAACUCCUCCAGUCUGCCAUGGAAUCAAAGGAGCUUCCUCACCUUUUGAGGUAGCAAAACUACUAAGACAGUGCCGAGUUUAUUAGUGUGCUGUGUCUGAGUCGGCUUCAUGUUAGAUUAGGGUCAUGCAUGUAUAUUGCACUUGUUCUUCCGAUAUCGUCCAAAGGACUACAAACGUGUCAUUUUUUGCACUCAGAAUUGUAUUUGUCGUUCACAAUAUAGCUGACAGCGCUCAAGCUGUCCAAUAUCCACCGUCUGUUACGUUUAAUAGGCGCUGACUUAACAAUUUCAGACGUGUUGGUUUUUCACUCCACAAUUAAAUUACCCGACGAAAGCCCGUUGGCAAAGCAAAAAUAUA